UUUUGGUGAUGGUGAAGAUAUUGUGUGCACAGGUUUGCACCUUAUGGUGCUUUUAUGGAACCACAUGUGAGGAGGACGACAGAUUCAACUGUUGGUUUUUGCAACUCUCGUCUUAGCUGCAAUAUUUGAGAUUUUACGAAAUUAAACGCCUGGACUGAAGCACCAGAAACUGCAGAUCCAAAAUUUUACAAAAAAUAUUUGUUUUGCAGAAACCAACAGUUGAAUCUGUCUACCAUAAGGUGCAAAACUGUGCACACAACAUCUUCACCAUCACCAGCAUCUUCACAAUCUUGGUCCAUUUUACGGCAAGAAAAUUGGAGUGGGAGGGAAAGGUAGAAAAAUUGGGCAUUAAAGAAACUUGAGUAUUUUUGGUGACGUGGCAAAAUCUGGAGCCUUAAGUUAACUUGGUAUGGAAUGAAUGGUUGAUAAUGUAGGAGGGCAUGGAAGGGAUGGAAACUAGGAGGGCAGACAAUCUUGGUCCCAAAACAUCACGUGCGAAAGUCAAGCUGCCAUUGUCCGAUGGCUUGCACUGCACAGAAAAAGGACUCACCUUGAAGCUGAUGACUUGGUGGGCGGGGCGUCCUAAAAUCUUCUGGUUUCGGAUCCUAAAAACGUACUGGGUGAACCCGAAUACCCCAAAUGCAAAGAAAAUGGUAAGCUGCGCCGUGGAAGGUGGCUGUGCCAGCGACUACUUAGCCGUAGCCAUAUCGGCCGUCUGUUUCAUUCUGCUUCUUUCACGGGUAAUCUUACCCUUUGCCGUUCACAAAAUUCCUCUUCCGAAACGCAGUAGCUUUUGGAUUCCAGUGAUUCAAAUUUACGCCAGCUUCAACCUUUUGUUGUCGCUUGUGAUGUCUCUCAAUUUUCUGAAAUUCGAGAAGACAUAUUGGUGGCAGUCUUGCUAUCUUUGGGCAGUCUGGAUUGGAGCUCCUCUUGGCUUUGGUUUACUACUUAGCUGCCGCAUAUCACAGGCCUUUCAACUGUAUUACAUUUUUGUAAAGAGGUGUCUACCACCAAUCAGAUCUUAUAUUUUUCUUCCACUAAUUCUCUUGCCAUGGUUUGCUUGGGCUGCUUUGAUCCACAUCAAAAGGCCUCUAAAUCAUCGAUGUCACGUGGGAACUCAGUGGAUCAUCCCAGACAUGUCCCUCCACGCACUAUAUGUUGCCAUUUUGGUAGGAUUCACGGGGGCUAUUCGGCAUAUAGAGUUCAGGUUUGACGAACUUAGAGAUCUCUGGCAGGGAAUACUUGUAUCAGCCUCUUCUAUUGGAGUAUGGGUUGUUGCUCACAUUUUGAAUGAAAUUCAUGAUGAUAUCUCUGGGCUUCAAGUUGCCUCUAGAUUUGUGCUCUUAGUUACGGCAAGCAUUCUUGUGUUAGCUUUAUUUUCGAUAUCAAGUUCACAACCUCUUCUAUCACAAAUCAGCUUGAGGAAAAGGGAGCCCCUAUCAUUUGAGACAAUGGGUAAGGCUCUGGGCAUACCUAACAGUGGAAUGCUAUUGCCAAGGGAACCAGCACCUGUGGUGGAUCCUAAUGAACCACUUGAUAAACUUCUUAUGAACAAAAUAUUUCGUCAGUCCUUCAUGGAAUUUGCAAACAGUUGUUUGGCAGGGGAGAGUGUCCAUUUUUAUGAGGAAGUGCAUGAACUUGGUAAAAUACCAGCGGAUGAUCCUGUAAGAAGGAUUUACAUGGCACGGCAUAUCAUUGACAAAUACAUAAUUGCAGGUGCAGCAAUGGAGGUGAACAUUUCUCACCGAAGCAGACAAGCAAUUUUGACUACUUCCAAUCUGGCACAACCAAAUCUUUUUAAUGAUGCUUUAAAUGAGCUGAUACAGCUGAUGAAAACGAGCUUGGCAAAAGAUUUCUGGUCAUCCAUAUACUCCAUUAAGUUCAAAGAAGAAGCCAGUAUGAGAUCUCAUGAGCUGGAACAGAUGACAAGUUGGAACCCCUCUCCCACUCCUAGGUUGAGUUCUGUACGUGGCGUUGAUGAUCCAUUUCACCAAGAACAAGAAUCAUGACUUUGGCUGUAACACACAUCACCAAGGCCUACAAUGAGCCAGACAUGGAAAAAUAUGGUAACUGGAAGCUUGUUAGACCCACAAGGGUAUGCUUCCGACAACAUUAUCGCUUGGACGGUAUGAACAAACUGAAGAUUAAGAAGAGAUAUGGAAGUUUCAUGAAAGUUUAGCAAACUUUUGUUUGGUGAUUACCGGACACAUGAAGAAGUGUUUGAUUCUAGCUAGUUUUUGAAGGCGUAGCGUCACUUGAUCUGUACAUACCCCCUCUUCAGAUAUAUUAUGAGUUACACUACCGUCUAAAAAUUGAAAAAAUGAUUCUACAAGUAGUUUCCAGCUGUUGUGAUA